CCCGGAGCCCCCGCUCCCCGCGCUCCCGCCCGUCCCAGCGGCCGCGGCCGCGUGCCCCUGCCGGCAGCCGGGAGCUGCGCUGACCAUGGCGCUGGCCGCCGCCGCCGCCGCCGCCGCCGCCGGCGUGAGCCAGGCGGCCGUGCUGGGCUUCCUGCUGGAGCACGGCGGCCAGGUGCGCAGCUGCGACCUGCUGAGCCGCUUCAAGCCCCUGCUGGAUGCGGGCGACCCGCGCGGCCGCGCCGCCCGCAGGGACCGCUUCAAGCAAUUCGUCAACGACGUGGCGGUGGUGAAGGAGUUCGACGGCGUCAAGUUCGUGGUGCUGAAGAAGAAACUGCGGCCCCGGGAGGCGGCGCAGCCCCCGCCCUCGGGCGACCCCGGCGCGCCCGGGGCAGCAGCCCUGCCCUCCGAGAGCACCUCCGUCUCACCCCGGGAAGCGCCUGGCGCGCGGGCUCCAUCCCCGGCCGCGCCGCCGCCGCCGCAGCAGCCGGUGGCACCGCGCGAGGACACGGCCCUGCCCUUCGAGCCGCAGGACGCCUCUGGGCCCGCCCAGCCAUCGGGGGGUGCCCCCGCGCCCCAGGUUCCCGCCAUUGAGCUAGCCCCGGCCCCCGAGGGGCCCUCUGCAGACGCGGCCGCGCCGCCCAGCCCGCUGUCGGGGGAGCCCCUGCCCCACGCCGCGGCGCCGGGCCCGGAACCUGGGCGCGGCCCGACGGCCGAGGCGCCCCCGCUCCCUCGGCACGCGCCGCCGCCCCCCAAGCCCUGCCUGCUGCCCGUGCGCUGCGUCCCGGGCCCCGCCGCGCUCCGGAUCCGCGCCGAGGAGCAGGGCCUGCGGCGGCAGCUGUCGGAAGAGCCGAGCCCGCGCAGCUCCCCGCUGCUGCUGCGGCGGCUGUCGGUGGAGGAGGCCGGCCUGGGCCCCGGCCCCGGCCCCGGCCGCUCCCCGCACCUGAGGCGCCUGUCGCGCGCAGGCCCGCGCCUGCUAAGCCCGGACACGGAGGAAGUGCCCGCCGCGCCGCCGCCGCCGCCGCCGCCGCCCGCCGUGCCCCUGGAGCCCACGGAGCACGAGUGGCUGGUGCGGGCGGCGGGGGGCUGCUGGACCCACCAGCUGCACGGGCUGCUGCUGCGCGACAGCGGCCUGGCGGCCAAGCGCGACUUCAUGUCGGGCUUCACGGCCCUGCAUUGGGCCGCCAAGAGCGGCGACCGCGAGAUGGCGCUGCAGCUGGUGGAGGUCGCGCGCCGUGGGGGCGCGCCGGUGGACGUGAACGCGCGCUCGCACGGCGGCUACACGCCGCUGCACCUGGCCGCCCUGCACGGCCGCGAGGACGCCGCCGUGCUGCUGGUGGUGCGCCUGGGCGCGCAGGUGCACGUGCGCGACCACAGCGGGCGGCGCGCCUACCAGUACCUGCCGCCCGGCGCCUCGUACGCGCUGCGCCGCCUGCUCGGCGACCCCUGCCUUCCAGGCUCUGCCGACGCCGACGCCGACGCCGACGCCGACGCCGCCGGGGCCCGGGCCGGGGCCGGGGCCGGGGCCGGGGCCGGUAGUGGCCCCCAUGCGGCCCGGCGCCCGGUGCAAGUGGCCGCCACCAUCCUCAGUUCCACCACCAGUGCGUUCCUGGGUGUCCUGGCCGACGACCUGAUGCUCCAAGACCUGGCUCGAGGCAUGAGGAAGUCGGGCUCCCUUGGCAAGUUCCUGGGUGCCUCGCCCACAGCUCCACGGAAAAAGACGAAGACCCGCAGCGGCCUGCCGGCUUUCCCAGAAAUCUCUCGUCGACCUACUCCCGGGCCCCUGGCUGGGCUCGUGCCCAGUCUCCCCCCCGCAACCUGACGGUCCCUGAGGCCCGGCUCGGCUGAUGCAACGCGGCCGGCCCCUCACAGCCUAAGCCUGCCCAAAACAGCCGCUCAGCACCGUCUCCGGCUUCGCGCGGGGCGCCCUGCUCCACCCAGGCGGGCGGGCCUCCGCCUCUAGCUUCGGCCAGAAGCUUGACCUGCCUCCGAGUCAAGAUGGGAGUCAAGACGUCAGGGAGAGCCUUCGAUAAGGAACUCCAGAAAUCAGUCUUGAAUACUGGGUCAGAGCUAAGGGCCCCCGAAUGAGUCCACUCGAUGCCUCUGCAACCACACACUCCCAAGCCAGAACUAGAGCAAGGGUCUCUUUAAAUGUGUUCUGUUGGACUGUCAGCUUUAAGAUACCUAGUGGUUUUGUAAUUUGCUGCUGCCUUUAUCCUGUUUUUAAAUUAAAAUGAGGUAAAACGACUUUCAUAAUGACCUUUUGAAAUUAUAUUUUUCCAUUUUUAGGCAAAAUGCUCAUUUUCGAUCUUUUGCUAAGUAUUUUGGAAUUCUAUUAAAAAGAAACAAACGGGAUCAUGAUCUAAAGGAAAGUAGUCCCAACCAACAAAACCCUUAAACGUUUAUCUACCUCAUUUUAGGCGAUUCUAGAGAGACUUGAACACAGAAUGUGAUCAUUGUGAAUGUGAUUCAUUUCAGUUGUACUGUGAAUGCUAAAUAUUAGGAAACAAGUGCAUCUGGGGAGUAAGAAUGAUUUAACAGUGAGAGAAAGGAGACAUUUUGGCAAAUACUUGUAAUUUCUGGUUGUCUUUAUGAUGAAAUAUAAACUGUCUUCGGCACUAGUGGGUGAUUAUUUUGAUUUGGCAUGAAUAUUUAAUUUUUUAAGUAUGAUUUACUUGUGAAUGCACCAUUGUGCCAUGUUUCUGAAUCUGGUUUUCCAAUCUGGAUGCGCCUUUCAAUGCAGUAGGUGAAUAUUUAAAGAACAACAACAUAUCAUAGCAUUAUACCAGAAAAAUAAUUGGUUAAAUAAAAGUAGAUGCACUUAAAGAGCAACUAUUUUAUAUGAAAAUUCUAUAGAAACAAAAAAUAUAUUAUAUCCACUUUUAAAAGCCAUCUGAAAGCAAACCACUUAUUCCAAAAUAGCAAAUACAGAAUUCUUUGCUCAGUGACCUUUCAGGGAUGGCUUAACUUCUCUGGACCUUUGAUUCUAUCUGUAAUUGAGAAGGUUUGCUAUUACCAAGAGGUACCAGGUUCAACCCACUCUAACUAUAAGGUCUCUUUUUCUGUUUUAAAGAUGGGGACUCUGUUUGCUCAACCAGCCUUUUUUAAAUAUCAUAUUGUGGUCAUGCUCUGCUUUUGCAAAUUGUGUUUGCAUGUCAUUAGUUAUAUCAAAUAGUUUUUGUGGCACAGGGGAGUGUGUCUUCUCCCUUCCAUAUAUAUCCUGUGUGACAUUAUUUAAGGCAGUCCUUAAUGGAAUGUUUUGAUUCAAGCACUGAA